AAGUCAGUUGAGUUUUAACUUUGGCAAAGGUGCGCGUUCGCGCGGAAUCGUUCGUUAACUUUGUUGUUUCUCCGUCGAGAACUUUUUUGGAAACUCAUUUGCAUGCGUUGUGCGUUCGGUGCUUAACAUUACCCGACUGAUGUCGAAUACUAUAUGCCGCUAUCGCCUCGAUUUAAAAAAAUUAUAAACAACGACAAUAACAACAAGUUCGCGGUUUACGUUUUUGUGCCGUCACCUGUGCCGGGUCAAGCUAACGGUACCCGCAUCGAAAAAGAAAUUCAAACAGUUUUAAUACUUUACCCAACAUGGAGACGGGCUUGCACGAACGGGACCGUGCUGGCGUCCAGGACUUUGUGCUCCUUGAAAACUACCAAAGCGAAGAGGCCUUCAUCCAGAACUUGAAGAAGCGUUUCCAGGAGAACCUGAUUUAUACCUACAUUGGCCAGGUGUUGAUCUCUGUGAAUCCCUACAAGCAGCUGCCCAUUUAUUCCGAUGCCCAUGUCAAGGCUUACAGGAACAAGCACUUCUACGAGAUGCCUCCACACGUCUUCGCGGUGACGGACAAUGCCUUCCGUUCGCUGAUCGAGGAGCACCGUGGCCAGUGCGUGCUCAUUUCGGGUGAAAGUGGUUCCGGCAAGACGGAGGCCUCCAAGAAGGUGCUGCAGUUCAUUGCCGCCUGCUCUGGCAAUCAAACGACUGUCGAGGGUGUCAAGGACAAGCUUCUGAAGAGCAAUCCUGUGCUGGAGGCCUUCGGCAACGCCAAGACCAACCGGAACGACAACUCCUCCCGGUUCGGCAAGUACAUGGACAUCCAGUUCGACUUUAAGGGAGCUCCGGUCGGCGGCAACAUCCUCAACUAUCUGCUGGAGAAGUCGCGUGUGGUGGCCCAAAUGAAUGGCGAGCGGAACUUCCACAUCUUUUACCAGCUCUUGGCUGGCGCCGAUGAGACCCUUCUGCAGGAGCUGCGUUUGGAGCGGGCUCUGGACACUUAUAGCUACCUGACCGAUGGGCUCAAAGGCAGCGUGACGAGCAUCAACGAUGCGGACAACUUCAAGCAGGUGCAGCAGGCCCUCAGUGUGAUCGACUUCAGCAAGGAGGAGCAGCGCGAGAUCUUCGGCAUUGUGGCGAGUAUCCUGCACUUGGGCAACAUCGCCUUCAAGGAGGUCGAGGGAAACGCCAAGGUGAACAGCCGCGACCUUGUGGUCACCGCUGCCCGAUUGCUGGGCGUGAACGCCAGCGAACUGGAGGCGGCUCUUACCCACCGCACCAUCGACGCCCGAGGAGAUGUGGUGACCUCGCCACUGAACCAGGAGCUGGCCAUCUAUGCCCGCGACGCCCUGGCCAAGGCUGUCUACGACCGGCUGUUUUCGUGGCUGGUCCAGCGCCUGAACAUCUCGCUGCAGGCGAAGGAAACGCGCGGAAACAACGUGAUGGGCAUCCUGGACAUCUACGGGUUCGAGAUCUUCCAGAAGAACAGCUUCGAGCAGUUCUGCAUCAACUUCUGCAACGAGAAGCUGCAGCAGCUGUUCAUCGAGCUGACCCUGAAGUCGGAGCAGGACGAGUACAGGAGGGAGGGCAUCGAGUGGAUACCCGUGGAGUACUUCGACAACAAGGUGAUCUGCAACCUGAUCGAGGAGAAGCACAAGGGCAUCAUCUCCAUCCUGGAUGAGGAGUGCCUGCGGCCGGGCGAGCCCACGGACAAGACCUUCCUGGAGAAGCUCACCCAGAAGCUGGCCCAGCACCAUCACUACGUGUGCCACGAACGAGCCCCGGCCCACAUCAAGAAGAUCAUGCUGCGCGACGAGUUCCGCCUGGUGCACUACGCCGGCGAGGUCACCUACAGUGUGAACGGCUUCCUGGACAAAAACAACGAUCUGCUGUUCAGGGACCUCAAGGAGACCCUCAGCAAGGCGGGCAACGGCAUUGUGAGGAGCUGCUUCCCGGAGCAGGAGCUGCGCAGCCUGAAGCGCCCGGACACGGCCAUCACCCAGUUCCGGGCUUCGCUGAACAACCUCAUGGACAUCCUGAUGUGCAAGGAGCCCAGCUACAUUCGCUGCAUCAAGCCAAACGACCUGCAGACCGCCGGCGUCUUCGACGAUGAGCUGGUGCUGCACCAGGUGAAGUACCUGGGCCUGAUGGAGAACCUGCGGGUACGGCGAGCUGGCUUCGCCUACCGGCGCACCUACGAGCUCUUCCUGGAGCGCUACAAGUCGCUGAGCAAGUCCACCUGGCCGAACUACAAGGGACCCGGCGGCGCCAAGCAGGGAGUCAAGCAGCUGGUCAAGGACCUGGGCUGGGACGAGGAGAAGUACAAGGUGGGCGAGACGAAGCUCUUCAUCCGCUGGCCCAGGACGCUCUUCGACACGGAGGACGCCUACCAGGCCAAGAAGCACGAGAUUGCGGCCAUCAUCCAGGCCCACUGGAAGGGACUGGUGCAGAGGAGGCGCUACCUGAAGCUGCGUGCCCAGGUGAUCGUCCUGCAGAGCUACUGUCGCAGGAAGCUGGCCCAGCAGGCGGCCAAGCAGCGCAGGGAGGCCGCCGACAAGAUCAGGGCCUUCAUCAAGGGCUUCAUCACGAGGAACGAUGCUCCCAACGGCUUCAACGAAGACUUCAUUGCCAACGCCAAACGGAUGUGGCUGCUGCGGCUGGCCAAGGAGCUGCCCACCAAGGUGCUGGACAAGAGCUGGCCCCACGCCCCGGGUCACUGUGAGGAGGCCUCCGGCAUCCUGCACCGCCUGCAUCGCCUCCACUUGGCCAGGAUCUACCGCCUGAAGCUGACGCCGCAGCAGAAGAGGCGGUUCGAGCUCAAGGUGCUCGCCGAGAAGGUGUUCAAGGGCAAGAAGAACAACUACGCCGCCAGUGUGCCCACCUGGUUCGAGGAGGACCGCAUCCCCAAGGAGCACAUCCAGGGUGUCAACGACUUCGUGGCCAGCACCUUUGGCAGCGAGCAGCUCAAGUACCAGACCUUCUGCACCAAGUUCGACAGGCACGGCUACAAGUCGCGCGACCGCUUCAUCCUGCUGAGCAACAAGGCCGUUUAUGUCCUGGAUGGCAAGAGCUACAAGCAGAAGCACCGACUGCCGCUGGACAAGAUUGACUUUACGCUUACGAACCACAACGACGACCUGAUGGUCAUCCGCAUUCCGCUCGAGCUGAAAAAGGACAAGGGCGACCUGAUUCUAAUCAUUCCGCGCAUCAUCGAGUUCAGCACCUAUAUCAUCGACACCGUGGGAACGGCCCAGAUCGUCUCCAUUGUGGACAGGGAUUCGCUGGAGCACAACGUGGUGAAGGGCAAGGGCGGCGUCAUCGAUAUUCAAACCGGCGCCGAACCAGGAGUGGUUCGUGAUAAGGGCCAUCUUGUUAUUAUUGGAACGCAAUAAGGAAUUUACUAUGACUUUCAACAGAAAAGUGGCUUUAAAUCAAACGACUUUUGUUUUGUUAUAUUCGUGUAAUUUAUAUUGUACCUAUGUAUUUUUGUUACUGCAGUGCAAACGAGUUGUGUAAUUUUGAUUUUAUAUAACUGGUGUUCCAGAUAAAUGUAUAUUGUUUAUAAAAAAAAUACCUAUAAAUAUGUGACAGUUUGUAUAUCA